CCAAUUAAUCUGGCUGCCGGACGCGCUUUCAGCUGCGUUUAGACGCAUUUCAACUCUCCCAACGCAUCGAGUGUGACAAUGAAAAGUUGAUGGCUGAGUGUGGAAGUAAAAAAAAAAAAAACAGCAACAACAUAAAAUAACUGAUAACGGUAUUUAGUGCAAAUUUGUGUGACUUGAAAAGGAUUUUAAUAUACAUAACUACAGACAUAUGUACAUAUAGUUUAAAUGACGACAUUCAGUAAAGACUUGAUCGAGAUCAAUCUCUCAACGGAUGAAUUGAUGCUGAAGGAGCUCGAACGACGCGAUGGCAUUUACUCAUUUAUUUUUCACGAGCUGGAAGGACCGAAAUCGGAAACACCCACUAUAAGCAUAGCGCCGGAGAAACUAAUUGAUAGAACUUAUACGGAAGCAAUCGAAAGAUCAAGAACUGGAACAACAACAACAACAACAACAAAUACAACGCAUGAAUUAAACGAUAAAGACAGCAACAGUGGCAGCGAGGACAGCAACAACAAUUUAAAAAUCAAAGUGGAAAAUGCAUUCAACCAACGAUCCCAUGUUGGAUGUCAUUCAAAUAAUACAACAACAACAGCAACAGCAACAAAAACGAAAUCAAUAACGCACUCGCCGCCCAGCACCCCGACGUCCCUCAUGAGGACAUUACCAACCGACUCAAGCAGCGGCACUACCACGAACGCCACACCGGUAAUAAGUAUACCAAGCUUAUUUACAACACCAACUACAACAACAACGCUAUCCGAUAGCGUACUACCGCCAAGUCUUUCAAGCCUCAGCAGUCUUAACAUGCGCAACUAUCACGAACACUUCAAGACAUGGCAUCCGCCACCCUCCUUCGUCUACGACAACCCCAAACUCUACGCAUAUAUAGCCAAUUGCGGCUUUCGUGUGCGUUUGCCCACACCACGUUUCUCACAUAUCUCAGCACCGUUGGUGCGCAAUCGACGGCAUGCACUCAAGGAGACGCCGCAGUACAAGCGUAUCUCGGAGUUGUGUAUGUGUGCGCCGGUGGCAGACUUGCGGACACUGUUCCCACACGACCCCGAUGUGCAUGCACCGUUUGCGUCAUCGUUGCCCGGAGCGAUGGAAACAUUGACGGGGUUGAGUGAUGUCACGGCGGCGCACGAGGCGGAGGAAGAGCAGGUAGAGGAGUUAGUAGAGGCCGAUAGUUGUUGUGGUGGCAUGACUAUGGUCGACGUUGUGUCGGCGCUUAAGUGAUGUGUUGUGGGCAAUAAGUGGUUUGUGGGAAGCGUAGAAAUAU